GGCACCUGCUUUCUGUAAUUGAUAUCCUGGGGGAUAGCACUGCAUGGAAUUAAGGCGUCCAUCUCCGUGGCUAAUUCCGUUAGGAGCAGAGAGCCUCCCUCUGCUGCUGUGUGCCAGGCGGCCCCCACAUCCACAUGCAGAGCACUCCAGAUCCGUGUUUUCUGUUAUGCCUGAAUAUAUGGGACAUGCAUUGCAACCCUAGGCCACCGUGCUGCAGUGCACUUGUCUGGCAGAGCCCUGUGGCCGGCCAGCCCCGGCUGUGACUGGCCGGGUCCCCGGACACACACUCCGUCGCCUCUGGCCUUCUCCCGUGGCGGCGAUUUCGGACCUUUUCUCCGAGCGCACGUCUCCCCGUUUGCUGAGAAGCCGCCUGCUGUUUGCAUUUGGAUGCGGCCAGCAGAGCAGCGGGAACCCUGCCUCGAAUCCCAGUGCACCCUCUGCGGGGAGCCAGAAGAGGAAGAGGGCGGGGACCUGGUCCAGCCGGGCAUCAGCUUUCCGGGGCCGGCAGAGGAGGAUCUAGACCAGCAGUACUCAUGGUCCCCGACGCAGCACUUCAAUGAGGGAAGGUACUCGCCGGCUCCCAGGAACAUGAAGGGGCUGCCGGGGGGCCGGGCCCCAGCCCCGCUGUGCUCCGCCCACACCUGCGGCCUCGCGGGCCCCGAGGACUGCGAGCGCGCGCACGACCACCUGCACCACGUGCAGGAGGCCAGGCAGCCCUACCUGCUCAGCCCGGUGGACGGCUGCCCCCUGGACCACCACCGCUGCUCCCCCGGCAGCUCCGUGCACUCGGAGUGCAUGAUGAUGCCCGUGGUGCUGGGCGACCACGUGUCCAGCAGCACCUUCCCCCGGAUGCACUACAGCUCCCACUACGACGCGAGAGACGACUGCGCCGUGCCGCACGCCGGCGCCAGGGCCAACCGCAUCCCCGCCAACCUCCUGGACCAGUUCGAGAAGCAGGGGCCGCUGCACAGGGACGGGUUCCACACGCUGCAGUACCAGAGGACGUCCGCGGCCGCGGGGCAGCGCGGCGAGAGCCCGGGCAGGAUACGGCACCUCGUGCACUCCGUGCAGAAACUCUUCACCAAGUCGCACUCGCUCGAGGGCCCCUCCAAAGGCCACGUCAACGGGACCAAGGGCGACGGCCGGGCGGAGGACCACCACCACACCCACCACCCCAGGCACGGCAAGAGGAGUAAAAGCAAGGAGCGGAAGCCCGACGGCAAGCCGCGGUCGGGCGCCAGCAGCUGGUGGAGCUCCGACGACAACCUGGACAGCGACAGCACCUGCCACACGUCCAGCGUGGUCAACAGGCACCACGUGGGCCACGUCUCCCACUGCUACCCCGAGGUGCUCCCGGGCCCCUUCGGGGACCUGUCCCUGAAGACGUCCAAGAGCAACAGCGACGUCAAGUGCUCGGCCUGCGAGGGCCUGACCGUGACGCCCGACACCAAGUACAUGAAGCGGAGCUCCUGGUCCACGCUCACCGUGAGCCAGGCCAAGGAGGCCUACCGCAAGAGCUCGCUGAACCUGGACAAGCCUCUGCUCCCCCAGGACGCCAAGCCCGCCCUGAGGCCGUGCCACUACCUGCAGGUGCCUCAGGACGAGUGGGGGGGGUGCCCCACGGGCGGCAAGGACGAGGAGAUCCCCUGCCGGAGAAUGAGGAGUGGGAGCUACAUCAAAGCCAUGGGCGACGAGGAGAGUGCGGAGUCCGACUCCAGCCCCAAGACGUCGCCCACGGCGGCCGUGCGGCCAGAGCCCCUGCUCAAGCCCAUCGGACCGAGGCCACUGGCAGAUCUCCAAACCCAGAGCUACCUGCAAGCCACAAGGGACGUGUCUGCUGCCCACAGCCUGGACCCCUCUGCCAAGUACAACUCCCCGAAAUUCCGCUCCCGGAACCAGAGCUACAUGAGAGCCGUCAGCACCCUGAGUCAGGCCAGCUGUGUGAGCCAGAUGAGCGAGGCAGAGAUGAACGGGCAGUUCGAGUCGGUGUGUGAAUCUGUCUUCAGUGAAGUCGAGUCCCAGGCCAUGGACGCCCUGGACCUUCCCGGAUGCUUCCGGACGCGCAGCCACAGUUACCUCCGAGCCAUCCAAGCUGGUUACUCCCAGGACGACGAAUGUAUUCCCGUGAUGACGCCCUCCAACACCACCCCAACUGUCAGGUCCACAGCAGCCGUGUCGUACGCGAAUUACAAGAAGACUCCGCCGCCCGUGCCCCCGCGCACCACGUCCAAGCCCCUGAUCUCGGUGACGGCGCAGAGUAGCACGGAGUCCACCCAGGACGCCUACCAGGACAGCCGCGCCCAGAGGGCGUCCCCGUGGCCCCAGGAUGGCCGCGGCCUCUACAACUCCACGGACAGUCUGGACAGCAACAAGGCCAUGAGCCUCGCCCUGGAGACGGCCGCGGCCCAGCGCCUCGCUGCCGAGGGCCAGAGCGGCUCCACGCGGACCAGCGACAAGGCCGUCCUGGUGUCCAAGGCGGAGGACUUCCUCAAGAGCCGGCGCUCCUCCAUCGGGAUCCAGGAUUCUGAAUUCCCAGAACAUCAGCCAUACCCAAGGUCAGAUGUGGAAACAGCCACAGAUUCGGACACGGAGAGCCGAGGCCUGCGGGAAUACCACUCUGUCGGCGUCCAGGUGGAAGAUGAGAAGAGACAUGGACGUUUUAAGCGCUCGAACAGCGUGACAGCCGCCGUCCAAGCAGACUUGGAGCUGGAGGGCUUCCCGGGACGCGUCACCAUGGAGGACAAGGGCCUGCAGUUUGGUCCCGCCUUCCAGCGGCACUCGGAGCCCAGCACGCCCACCCAGUACGGGGCAGUCAGGACUGUCCGGACCCAGGGGGUCUUUAGUUACAGAGAGGACUACAGGGCGCCCGUGGACACUGCCACCCUGCCCCCUCCCGAGCCCUGGCUGGAGCCGUGCGUCGAGACGGCAGACACCGGGAGGAUGUCUCCGUGCCGCAGGGACGGCUCGUGGUUUGUGAAGCUGCUACACACGGAGACCAAGAGGAUGGAAGGCUGGUGUAAGGACAUGGAGAGAGAGGCAGAGGAGAAUGACCUCUCGGAGGAAAUUCUCGGGAAGAUCCGGAGUGCCGUGGGGAGUGCACAGCUUCUGAUGUCCCAGAAAUUCCAGCAGUUCUAUUGGCUGUGCCAACAGAACAUGGACCCCAGCGCCAUGCCGAGGCCCACGUCCCAGGACCUGGCGGGCUACUGGGACAUGCUGCAGCUCUCCGUCGAGGACGUCAGCAUGAAGUUCGACGAGCUGCACCAGCUGAAGCUCAAAGACUGGAAGAUAAUAGAGUCUCCGGAGAGAAAGGAAGAAAGAAAGGUCCCCCCUCCAAUACCAAAGAAGCCCCCCAGAGGGAAAUUUCCUGUCACGAGAGAAAAGUCCCUGGACCUGCCGGACAGACAGCGUCAAGAAGCCCGGAGGCGGCUCAUGGCUGCCAAGCGGGCCGCCUCCUUCCGCCAGAAUUCGGCCUCGGAGCGCGCAGACAGCAUAGAGAUCUACAUCCCGGAGGCCCAGACGCGGCUCUAGGGGCACCUUCGCCCUCUUUUCUUUUUAACAAGAUGCGUGUACAGUUUCUCACCCACCCGCUAAUUUUAGUCUCGUUUCUCCACCGAAUACACCCUGUUGUGUUCUCUGUGCCAUAGACGCACCGGAAUGCGUUCAUUUCUGCCGUGCGCGGAGCCCCAGCCAGAGCUCCUCCUCCCUCCUCCCCCCCUUCCUCUUCCCCCCUCCUCCUUCCCCAUUCCCCUCCCCUUCCUCCUCCUCCUCCCCCUCCUCCUCCCCUCCAAUGGUCUGACCCGCGGUCAGCUGUGCCAGCUAGGCGUGGGGACACCUCCCUGAUCCGCUCUGUUCUCAGAGGAUCACAGGAAACACCUCUCGAGAUGGAGCCCAGCUCACAUUUUUGUUAUUUAUAUUUUUAUAAAGCGUGUGACAAUUCGAGGCAAGACUAACAAAUAACUAGAUACGGGUGCAUCUUGCCACUCACCAGACACCCCAGUGGAAACUGCUUCAGCUCGAAGUGCAGGCAAGAAAGACCCCCACCACCCCCUGUCACCUGGGGGCGCCUCCCCCUGCCCCCCAAGUCUAGCCGGCCCCUGUCGCCAGGGUCCUUGUGCAGAGUUUAUGAGAAGCCAUCUCUCCAGCCACCCGACUCCCUGCCAUGCGGUUCUCCAGAAACACACGGCGGGGGGAGGGAGGGGUGGGUCACAAGUCUGAACCCGAUAGAAAUCUCCGGCACAGCAUCUAACAGUCCCAAAAUAAGCUGAGUGUUCAUUCACCCAAGGGAGUGACACAUGAAAAGGGUUGGAGUCUUACAGAAGGCUGGCUGGCCUGUAGCAGGCAUGUAAAGAGAAAAAUAAUCGCCCUUAUUCCGAUGAAAGAGUCAUCGUAUGUUUUCUUCCUUCAUAACUUCCACCACACACAGUCUUGUCUGUAAGUGUCCCCAUUUAUGCACCUGUGAUUUUUUUUUUAUGGAUGUAUAUAUAUUCUCAAACUGCUCUAUCAGUUGACUUUCCAGGGUAUCCUUAAAAAAAAAAAAAAGUUUGCUUGUUUAAAAUGACA